AUGUCUACCCAGUCUUCACGGUACAACGAGGGAGCUGUUGUAUAUACCCUGACGAGGGGCAGUUUUUGGAAUAAGAAGAAGAUUUAUAGAAGUUGGUUAUUAUUAUGUUAUUGCACGGGGCCAGUUGCAUCAAUGUCCAGAACAUAUGUCCCAGCUGCUAUACAAUCUGUUGCUACAUUGGUGGGAAAAACAAGUAAAGGUACCAAGUGUGCUUUCAGAGGAAACGAUUGUUAUGUCAAGCUUGGUUCAGGUAGAGUUCACACUACUUCCUAUGUGCUUUAUAUUAGGGCUAUAGCUACAGCUAUUGAAGGUAUUGUAGCAUUGUUUUUGAUGGGUAUUGCUGACUACUCAAAUUAUAGGAAACUAUUUCUUAUCGGAUCAAUUUUAUUCUAUGGAAUGGUGGCUCUACCUUUUUAUGGCUUAGUAGAAAAAGACUAUGCCCAUUUGAUAGGUCUCCUGGUAUUGUACAUGUUACUACAAAUAACUGAUUCAAUUUACCAGAUUUUGGAAGGCUCGUACAUACCAUUGUUCAUGAGAGCUGCUGGUGAAAGUGUUGAAGGUGAAAAUGCUGAAGAAAUAAGAAAAACCAUAGUUUUGAACAAAGGGUCUAAAGUGAGUGUCAUGGGUCUCUUUUUGGGAAACUGUGGGGGUUUGACCGCUUUGUUGAUUGGUAUUAUUAUCUCUUACACCAGAGGAGGACCAAUGGAAGAUGGUUAUCAUAACUUCUUGCUUGCCAUCACCAUUGCUGGAUGUUUGACUGUGGUAUCGGCUGUUGUUGCAUCAUUUUAUAUUCCGAGUGUAAAAGGUAAGGAUAAACCCAAAGAAGAGUUUCUUCUUCUUUUAACCAUGAAAAGAAUGUACAUUUUAUUGUGCAACAUUAGAAGAUAUCCCAACGCUUUCUUAUAUUGUAUUGCAUGGGUUAUUUGGAAUGUAAGCUACUCUAACUUUUUAAGUGUAUUUGUUUUGCUUUUCCGAUCCACUUUAGGACUAGGUUCUAGUGAUGCUGAGUAUACCAUUUACACCUUCAUGUCCUAUAUUUGUGGGAGUUUAGGCUCUCUUACAUGGAUGUUUUUAUAUCCGAGAUUAGGUUUGAACAUAAAAACCUGGGGUUAUGGAUUUUAUUUUUUCCAAAUUUUUAGCACAUUUUGGGGAUGUUUAGGUAUAAGUUCAAAUACUUCAAUAGGGUUCAAACAUAGAUGGGAGUUCUGGGUAUUCGAAGUUAUCUACAGUGCUACAGGAUCUUCAUUGAGAUCAUUAAAUAGAACUAUUUAUAGUACACUUUUACCAGAAGGAGACGAAGCUCAAUAUUUUGGAUUGGAAAUUUUCUUGGGUAUUGCAACUGGUUGGAUAGGUAAUCUUGUUAAUGCAACUAUUCAAGACCGUACAGGUAAUGAUAGAUACCCCUUUUUACCCAAUUUAUUUUUAGUAACAAUCUCCUGUAUCUUAUACAAGAUGUGCGACAUUUCUCAGGGGAUGGAAGAUGUAUCCAAGAUAGUCAAUAGGUCACACGACUCUAAUCGUGAAGUUAUCGCAAUCAGAGUUGAUAUAGAUAAUAAUAGUAAACAGUAA